GUCUCCGCAUAUGUCCUUUUGACAUAAUAACGUAGAUAAAACACCGGUAACCGGACUUUGGAUUAUAAUCACGUGGUACUUUGUCAGUGCGACACGUCACAUGCUUAUCUCGACUAUCGUUUUGUAACAUGUGUACCCAAAAGACCUUAGUCACUGAUAGUCAGUACAGCAUACUGGUCGCAUGUGGCUGCCAUCAUCUAAGUUUGCUUCACUUGACUGAUAAUCCAAUAACCGACAUCAACAAUGCAGAGGAACGCUGCCCCAACUAAGCCAGCCGAGGGCUCAACCAAGCACGAUUUUACUGAUAUCAAUUUUCGAGGAAACCUUCCCAGAGAGACAAUGACAGAAGUUGAGGAGCAGAAAACAGAAAUGGACGAAAGCCAGGUUAUCAGGAUAAGGGGCUGGAGGAUCAAUAGAGUAAUUGCUGUUACUCAUCUGAAUAUAUUUCUGUACGCCACAUGUUUUUGGAUCCAGAAUGGAACCCUGCCCUAUCUGUCAAAGAAACUUGGAGUAGAUCCUGUAAUGUUUGGAUACCUUCAGACAACUUUCGCAAUCGUCCAGUUAGCAGGAGGACCGUUGUUUGGUAGGUUUGGCGAUUUGUUUGGUGGCCGAGCUGCUAUGACCCUGGCUUUCCUUUCAGCAACCCUUUCAUAUUUCAUACUUGGUAUGUCAACAAGCGUUCCUAUUUUGUUUUUAUCAAGACUUCCAUCCCUCUUCAUGCAUGCGAUGCAAGGUGGUCAGAUGAUUGUGACAGAUAUCGGAGAUGCAAGUCAGAGAGCCGAUGCCCUCGGGAAGUUGGGCAUGUCUUAUGGAGUUGGAAUGGUCAUUGGUCCACUUAUUGGAGGAAUCCUGACUAAAACUCUUGGAGAGCAGUUCGCAGCAUUUAUUGCUAGUGCCGGAUCUAUGCUAAGUGUUGCACUUGUUCUGUUGUUCGUACCCAGACACACCAAGAAGGCAGAGAUACAGACCGACACUUCUGGAAAGAGCAUCUUUAAUGUCGAGAAAAUCUUGCAGUUAAUCAUGGGCCCAGGAGCCAUGUUUUUACUUCUAGUGCGUCUAGCAUCAGGUGUUCCUAUAGGAGUGUUUCAAAGUAUGUUUCAAGUUGUUGCUCUGAAUACAUUCAAACUGGCGCCUGACCAAAAUGGCUAUCUUAUGUCCUACAUUGGGAUCACCACGAUGAUCGUACAAGGGAUUGGACUCGGAGUUAUAACCAAGAAAUUCAGUGAAAAUAACAUUCUAAAGUGGUCAACCUUCAUCCUAGUAUGGGCCUACCUACUACUCUCCUUUGUGACAAAUGUAAGUGAGUUGUGCCUGGUUUGUCUCCCCUUGGUUGUAGGACUAACGACACAGAACGUCAUCAUCAGCAGCUCUCUCACAAGAACUGUCGCGGACGCGGACACUGGUGCUAUGUUAGGACUCAACAUGGCUGUGAACUCUCUAGUGCGGAGUGUGUCACCAACGAUUGGAGGUUACAUGUUGGAAAAUGUUGGCUUUUCAUCGUUUGGUUAUUUGGGUUUUUUCACCAAUACUAUCGUCACUCUCAUCCUCUUCUGGAAGUUCAGAUCUCAAAGUCCUAGUGUAUAAACAGUUUGACAUUGAGGGUAUGUGUGUAUGUGUGUAUUACCGGUACCAUGUCAAAGAAUCAUGUCAAAAACUUACAUAUUUUGUCUUGGUGCAUAAUCUUCAUAAUUUUUAGCCAAGAUAGGAGUAGCCGGUUUCAAAUGUAUGCUAUAGUGUUAUGUAAUCAAGGUUUUUUUAAUUUUAAACCAUUUGAAUGGUCAAAUUGGACAUUCUCUUGGUAUCAGAUAUAACCUGUAUAAAGUGGGGAAGAAAGGAUAUUAUUUCAUAGAUAGUUAUUACCAAAUGAUUUUUUUAAUUAUAAGCAUGUUAAAUGAAACUUAGAAGUUUGUUUUGCUCAUUAAAGACUUAAAAGUUCUUGUGUGCUGGGGGACACGGGUGGCCCAGUCGUCUAAGGCGCUGUGAUUCGCUGUGCAGAGUUGCGUCCCUUGGACACUCCAGAAACCAAUGAUUGUGUGUUCGAAUCCCGGUUCGCCCCGAUUAUGUUUCUAGGU